CAGAUUCUUAUUCAUAGAAACCUGCUUUUCUUUCCAUGAUAUCCCAGACUAAUCUAGAAAAGCCCAAAACAAAAUAUGAACCUUCUUCAUCCUCUCCAUGCUCAUAUAACUUCUUUAUUCCUUCUUGCAUACGGGACACAGAGUUUCCUAUAUCUCAAGUGGAGGGGCCAUAGAAUGGAAGUGAGAGAAGCCUGAGCUGGGUCCCUUUCACUGAUGUAAAGGGCCCAGAGAGCAGAGGGAUGUGGACUGGGCAGGUGCCCGGCUACCUGGUAAAACCCUGUGCCUAGUGUAGUCCUUGACCUUAACGUUCAACCCCUGACACCAACUCUGCCUCACUCCUAAUAACAUCUAAUAGUAAUUUCAUGUGCCCACACUGUGAUCCUCUCAGACCUCCAUUUCCUUACUUAGUCCGUGAAUUCAAUUUUCAACUCAACAGAUGUGUGGUAAGUACUAUUUUGUGCCGGAGAUGCAGGGGGCAGGGGUGAAUGUGAAUUUGCAGUAUCUUCAAAGAGAUUAUAGUCCAGUGGCAGAGUGGAGGUGUGCACAUCACAAAACUGAAGCCAAGAGGAAAGUGUGCAGGGCAGGGAGUGGCUGGAAUUGGAGGAAGAUGCUCAGAAGGCCUAUGUGAUGGGGCUCCUAGACCGACUGGAGGUGGUCAGUAGGGAACGGCGACUGAAGGUGGCCCGGGCUGUUCUCUACCUGGCCCAAGGUACUUUUGGGGAAUGUGAUUCAGAGGUCGAUGUGCUACACUGGUCCAGGUACAACUGCUUCCUGCUCUAUCAGAUGGGGACCUUCUCGGCCUUUCUGGAGCUGCUCCACAUGGAAAUCGACAACAGCCAGGCCUGUAGCAGUGCUCUUCGGAAACCAGCCAUCUCCAUUGCUGAUAGCACAGAGCUCAGGGUGCUGCUGAGUGUCAUGUACCUGUUGGUGGAAAAUAUCCGCCUGGAGCGAGAGACAGACUCGUGCCGGUGGAGGACUGCGCGGGAGACCUUCCGCACUGAACUGAGCUUCUCCAUGCAUAAUGAGGAGCCUUUUGCCCUUCUGCUUUUCUCCAUGGUUACCAAGUUCUGCAGUGGCCUGGCUCCCCACUUCCCCAUAAAGAAGGUCCUGCUUUUGCUCUGGAAGGUAGUCAUGUUUACCCUCGGUGGAUUUGAGCAUCUACAGGUUCUCAAAGUACAGAAGCGGGCAGAACUGGGGCUGCCUCCACUGGCUGAAGAUAGUAUCCAGGUGGUGAAGAGCAUGCGUGCUGCCUCCCCACCCUCUUACACCCUCGACCUGGGGGAGUCUCAAUUGGCACCACCACCCUCUAAGCUGCGAGGUCGCCGCGGUUCUCGAAGGCAACUCCUCACUAAGCAGGACAGCCUGGACAUCUACAAUGAAAGAGAUCUCUUUAAGACUGAGGAACCAGCCACAGAGGAGGAAGAGGAGUCUGCUGGCGAUGGCGAACGAACCUUGGAUGGAGAGUUAGACCUGCUAGAGCAAGACCCCCUGGUGCCACCUCCACCUUCACAGGCACCUCUUUCUGCUGAGCGAGUGUCCUUUCCCAAGGGCCUACCCUGGGCCCCAAAGGUUAGACAGAAGGACAUUGAGCACUUCUUGGAGAUGAGCAGGAACAAAUUCAUCGGAUUCACUCUGGGGCAGGACACAGACACCUUGGUUGGAUUACCCAGGCCCAUCCACGAGAGUGUGAAGACUUUAAAGCAGCACAAGUACAUCUCCAUUGCAGAUGUUCAGAUCAAGAAUGAGGAGGACCUGGAGAAGUGCCCCAUGUCUUUGGGGGAAGAGGUGGUACCAGAGACACCAUGUGAAAUCCUCUACCAAGGCAUGCUCUACAGCCUCCCCCAGUACAUGAUUGCCCUGCUUAAGAUUCUGCUGGCUGCAGCCCCCACCUCCAAGGCUAAGACCGACUCUAUCAAUAUCCUGGCCGAUGUCCUGCCUGAGGAGAUGCCCAUCACAGUUCUCCAGAGCAUGAAGUUGGGCAUCGAUGUGAACAGGCACAAGGAGAUCAUUGUAAAGAGUAUCUCUGCUCUGCUCCUGCUACUCCUCAAACACUUCAAACUGAACCAUAUCUACCAGUUUGAAUAUGUAUCACAACAUUUGGUAUUUGCCAACUGCAUUCCAUUGAUCCUGAAGUUCUUCAAUCAAAAUAUCUUGUCCUACAUCACUGCCAAAAACAGGCCUGUCCCUUUCUCUGCAUCCUGCAGCAUCUCAGCCCUGGAUUACCCUUGCUGUACCAUCCAGGAUUUGCCGGAGCUUACUACAGAGAGUCUGGAAGCUGGAGACAACAACCAGUUCUGCUGGAGGAACCUCUUUUCCUGCAUCAACCUUCUGAGGCUGCUCAAUAAACUGACCAAAUGGAAGCAUUCCAGAACCAUGAUGCUGGUGGUAUUCAAAUCAGCUCCAAUCUUAAAGCGGGCCCUCAAGGUCAAACAGGCCAUGUUGCAACUGUAUGUUCUCAAGCUGCUAAAAAUACAGACCAAGUACCUGGGGCGCCAGUGGAGAAAAAGCAACAUGAAAACCAUGUCAGCCAUCUACCAGAAAGUACGCCACCGCAUGAAUGAUGACUGGGCUUAUGGGAAUGACGUCGAUGCCAGACCGUGGGAUUUCCAAGCAGAAGAAUGCACUUUGAGGGCCAACAUUGAGGCUUUUAACAGCCGCCGGUAUGACAAACCCCAGGACUCUGAAUUUUCACCUGUGGAUAACUGCUUGCAGAGUGUGCUAGGGCAGAGGUUGGAUCUGCCUGAGGAUUUCCACUAUUCAUAUGAGCUCUGGCUGGAGAGAGAGGUGUUUUCACAGCCUAUCUGUUGGGAGGAGCUGCUCCAGAAUCACUGACUGAGCUCUUUCUUAAAAAGGAUCUGAUAAAUGGGCGUUGGCUCCAAUAAAUGGUGCUCUGCCUACCCUGCCCAUUCGGCCUGUGCUUCCAGCCCUGGGUGUGCUUGUCUAGGGGAGAGUUGGCCUGGCCCAAGGACAUCCAGGGUAGUGCAAGGCCAUCCUGGGGGCUUUGGGCCUGGAGAUAAUGCAAGGCUAGGAUCCUGAGUCACAACUAAUUGGUCAACUUGCCCUUGGGUGAGUUGAGUGCCCAGUUGGUCUUGAAACUCUGCUGGAUCAAUCCUGCACAGGCUCUUUUGUAGAACUGCUCCCUGCUUUAGUCUUGCCUAGAACCAGCCUAGCCUUUGCUGGCCCCAAGAGUGAGAAUAAGUUGAUUAUGUUUGACCCAUGAUAUUCAUCAUAGGUAAUGGGCAGUAAAAGUCAUAAAAUAAGGGAGAAGAUUUCCUUCUUGCUCACCCUAGAUUCCAAGGACUUAGAGAGGUUUGGUAAAACCAACUUUGAAAUUAAGUAUGUAUUUUAAAUUAAAAUUUUUAACACCUCUUUCUAUUCUAAAAUUAUUAGCUCAAAGAUGAUUUUAGAGCACCUGCACCUUGCAGACGAUUUACUGUUACCUAAAUACUGCAUGUUAUAGUAAGGUAUAUUGUGUAAAGCUUACCUCCUUGUGUGUUCUGUUAGAGCGCAUGGAGUGCUCUGCCACAGCCAAUAUGAAAUAGGCCUUCUCUAAGGAUGUUUCAUGUUUUUCUGAAACUACUUCAGUCUUGAAAUGACUGGGUACACUGUAGAAAAUUAUCCUUUUGAUCCAAUUCACUUCUUAAAUGACAGGUAACUAUAGGAGGGUUUAUUUAUUGAGAUGGCAUGUCCAUUUAUGCUUGUGAUCAAUUUAUUUUUUAAUUGAAUAGAAUAGCAAGAGCGUCACAGCUUACCAUUUUUCUUCUCCUAUGUUAUUAAUGAUUUUUUUCCUUUUUACUGCUAGUGGUUUCAAAGUGUCCUGUGGAGAUUUAGCAAUACUGUUUCUAUCUAAAAGUAUUGCGUGUUUGUUUGAAAAUAACAGGGAUUGAUGUACCAACCUCUUUAAACUUCUUUUACAGCAAAAUCACAUACUUCUCAAUAGAAACAAGGUUUUUAGAAAAGCUUCUGAUUCAAUCAAGAUUAUUUUAUUUCUCUUCUGUCCCCACAGUUAUGUUUUCCAUAUUUUCAAGCUUUUUUGUUUUAAAUGCCUUCCUCACUGACAUAGACACUACUGAAUCUUUUUUAUGAUAGCACCAGGCCACUUUAAUUGCACCAGAGGUCUAGUAAAAAAUGGCUAUUUACUCUGUCAACCACAGUCUUAUUUGGAAGUCAUGAUACAGUUACCAAUGAGAGCCAAAGGAACUGAACCAGAAUUCUAACUAAAACUUGGAUUUCACCUCUUUGUGCUGUAGGGUAGCAGGCUUUCUGUUUUUAUGGAAAGGUUAUGAAGAAUGUUUUAGUAAUGGAUGACACUUUUAAAAAUAAUUUGUAAAGUUUACCUGAAUAGGACAGCUAGCUGUCCUCACUGCAAUCAAAAUAAUUUACUGAGCAUAUUAUAUAUGAACCCUAUUAAUCUAUUUUAAUGUGGUUUAACUGAAAAGAUAAUUUUCAAGGAAAGAGCAGUCAUCAAUCUAUUUCUCUUAAAGCCAUAUAGUAUUUAAUUUGUGUCAAGAAUAAAUAAGUUGCCCUUUUAAAAAUGUGCACAUGAAUGCUUUCUGAAGCAUAUAAGUAUGCUAAGCUUUAACAUUUCAUACAUUUUUUUAUAAAUCUUCUCUAAGGGAAGAUUAAUUCUCCAUGCAGAUGGAGAAACUGAGACACCAAGAAAAGUGAUUAGUCUCCAAUCACAACAUUUUUUCGCUGACUUGCUGGGAUAGCAUUCAGGUAUUGAUAGCCAGCCCCAUAUGUUAAACUGAUUUGAAUCUUCCAAUUUGAGAACCCAUGUGUGUGGUUAGGAAUAAAUUCAGAUUAACUGGCCUCCAAUGGUGAUUACUGUUACUACUUAGAAGAACAUUAUUUGACUGACUUAUAAAGGAUUUUUAUUUGUGAAUAUUUCAGUAAAGUUGUGUUGAUUGUUGAUAACACUGUGUACCUACUGAAGCACUUUAAUAAAAAGCAAUUGAACUGGA